AUCAUUUAACAUUCUUCAGUAAUUGAUUGGGCGCAAAAGCGCACGUAAACGAGGAUACCGUAAUCAGACAGCAAUACUAGCUAACGUUAGUAAGUAACGGACGCUAGCUUGUUCGCUACUAGCCCUCAAGAAACAAUAAGAAGUAGUGAAUAGUUAAACUAAAUGUCCCUAGUGUUAAUCGUACAUUGAGGCAAUGAAUGAACGAUCUGCGUAUGUGAGGAACUGUCACUGCAGUUAGAAGGAUGAACAGUAGCUUGAUAGUCUAUUUCUCUACAGCCUGCGGAUUGUGAUGGCCUAUUUCAGUCAGUGAUCUUGAAUCUGUUUUAGCAUAACGGCUUGCGAUACGGUUUUAGAAACCUUUGGAACUUAACUAAUAUGAGCUACAAUCUUUCCAAUUCAAAAUAUACACUUACUGUACGCAUUUGCACACUGCUGUGUAUCUUUUGCGUUUGAAAAAUGAUCACUGACAUAAAAGGAACGUUUAAAUGUUUCCAUAAGCGAGAUAUUACAGUUUAGACAGAGCGUUUGGGUGAUUUCCCUCACAUGGCGGAUAUGUUCCUAAAUAGAGAUAAUGCCUCGAUCACACCAACAGUGUCACUGUACACAAUGGUACUCGGCAUCAUCUGGAUAUGUGUACCAAAGGUUAAACAUUCACCUUCUACUGCCAUUUCUGCCAAGCCGUCUACACAUACAGUUUGAUACAUACUUUCGAUAAAUCCAAGUUAUGCACCAGACAACGCAAUGCUGCAAGGCAAACGCAAUCCAUUGGAAAUAAAGUACUUCUGAGUCGUUCGGGCAGAACUAUCCAGAGGAGGCAGAUGGCACUCUGGACUGUAUCAGUAUGGCUCUCACGUGCACUUUUAACCGCUGGGGCACGCUUCUGGCGGUGGGGUGCAACGACGGACGCAUCGUCAUUUGGGACUUCCUGACAAGGGGCAUCGCCAAGAUUAUCAGUGCUCACAUCCAUCCAGUCUGCUCACUAUGUUGGAGUCGAGAUGGGCACAAGCUGGUGAGUGCGUCGACAGAUAACAUAGUGUCCCUGUGGGACGUCCUGACUGGAGACUGUGACCAAAGGUUCCGCUUCCCCUCGCCCAUCCUAAAAUUGCAGUACCACCCCAGAGACUUGGACAAGGUCCUGGUGUGUCCUAUGAAGUCUGCCCCGGUACUGCUGACGCUGUCAGACUCUAAACAUGUGGUUCUGCCCGUGGAUGACGACUCUGACCUGAACGUGGUGGCGGCCUUCGACCGGCGGGGGGAGUACAUCUACACCGGCAACGCCAAGGGAAAGAUUUUGGUGCUGAACACUAACACACAGGAUCUGGUGGCAUCGUUUCGGGUUACGACAGGGACCAGCAACACUACAGCCAUCAAGUCCAUAGAGUUUGCACGAAAGGGCAGUUGUUUCCUCAUCAACACAGCAGACAGAAUCAUCAGGGUGUAUGACGGGAGGGAGAUUCUCACCUGUGGGAGAGAUGGGGAGCCAGAGCCCAUGCAGAAACUACAGGACCUGGUCAACAGAACACCGUGGAAGCGAUGUUGUUUCUCUGGGGAUGGGGAGUACAUCGUGGCUGGUUCAGCCCGGCAGCAUGCUCUGUACAUCUGGGAGAAAAGCAUCGGUAACCUGGUGAAGAUCCUCCAUGGAACCAGAGGAGAACUACUGCUGGAUGUGGCUUGGCACCCUGUGCGGCCAAUCAUCGCCUCCAUUUCCAGCGGAGUGGUGUCCAUCUGGGCUCAGAACCAAGUGGAAAACUGGAGUGCGUUCGCCCCAGACUUUAAGGAGCUGGAUGAGAACGUGGAGUACGAGGAGAGAGAGUCUGAGUUUGAUAUAGAAGACGAGGAUAAAAGUGAACCUGAACAGACAGGUGCGGAUGCUGCGGAGGAUGAGGAGGUGGAUGUGACCUCUGUUGACCCCAUUGUGGCUUUUUGCAGCAGUGAUGAGGAGCUAGAAGACUUCAAGGCCUUGCUCUACCUGCCCAUCGCUCCAGAGGUAGAGGACCCUGAGGAGAAUCCAUUUGGUCCCCCUCCGGAUGCAGCCGUCCAGAUAACCCCCGCAGAAGAUGGUUCUUCCCACACAGGGGGCGGGGACAAGAAGCAACGCCAGCCAUCCUCAGAAGGAGCUCCUCCCAAAAAGAAGGCCCGUACCACCACCAUCAUCGAACUACAAGGGGUGCCCAGUGAUGAGGUGCACCCCUUACUGGGGGUGAAGGGAGACAGCAAGUCCAAGAAGAAGACGGCAGGGCGGCCGAAAGGCUCCAAAGGUAAAGAGAAAGACUUCCCCUUCAGGCCCAAACCCUACAGGGGGGACAGGGUCUACCCUGACGGAGUGGAAGUGGGAGGAGGGAUGAAGGGCAGAGUGGAGGGGGGCCUUACUGCUGCAGGGAGCCUGGUUUCACAGUCCUACAAACGGCAUGAUAUUGUGGGUCUGGACUGAGCCAGUAUCAUCAUCGCCCCCCGUGGUUCUGAAAGGAGAAGGACAGGCACCUGAACAGUUUUUUUUUAACAUUUUAUUUUUUACUCUCCUAAACUCAAAAGACAAUUUUUGUGACAUCACUCAAGACUCAUUAUGACAUCACAGCCUUCUAUCACUCAGGCUGUUGACUGUGGGGUUUCGUAAACCCACAGGCUGUCUCGUUCUGUGUUGCCAUGGUUACUUGGAUUAUCUCCCUUCUAUCAAAGACUGCUGUAUGAGACCUAAUGAUAUCACAGGUUUGGAUGAGAGUUCUGACUGGUAACUCUAUGCCCCAGCAACAUGGCAGAUUCACACUUUCUCUUUUUGUAGUUUUUGGUACUAGUAACAGAAAUGGACCAAGAGAAGGGUGGCAUGUAGCCUAGUGGUUAAGAGCUUUGGGCCAAUAACCGAAAGGUUGCUGGUUUGAAUCCCCGAGCAGACUAGGUGAAAAAUAUGUUGAUGUGCCCUUGAGCAAGGCACUUAACCCUAAUUGGUCCUUUAAGUCUCUCUGGAUAAGAGCGUCUGCUAAAUGACUAGAAUGUAGAAGAGGGAAGCAACAAUCUGCAAUAGUAAAGGAUCACCUCUUCUCUAGGUCUGUCUUUUUCUGGAGGAUGACUGUACAGAUAUAAUAAGCUGCAGUGUAGUGUGUCGCAACUUGUCUGCUUUUAACUGCUUCAAAAUAUAUAUAUAUAUUAUUAAACCAUUUUGAUAUUG